CUAUACCCCUCAACAUCAUAUCUCUUGAACCAGUCCUCCCUCGACACACAUUCAAACCUACACUCAACACUUCAACACAUUCAUCUUCCACAGUCAAGCUCUUGGCAUAUCUCGAGAUGCCCGUCACAAUCCGCACCGCAGACCACAGCACCCGACAAUGGUACAGAGAGCGCGUAACGAGCGACGAGAUGCUCUUGGAGCAGUCCUGCGAGGAUGAACACAAGCAAAGCCAGCGCAUCAUCCGGAGCGGCUUCUCCCACCCCUUAGAAAACAAUCAUGUCACCGGUGCAAGCAACGGCUUCGUCGACGCCCUCUUUGAAGCCUACUGCCACCAUCACGACUUCACCGUCCGGCCCGAGGACAUCUGGUUCGCGAUCCUCAGCCAGGUCUCCUUCUACAUCAACGCAAACGCCGAGAAGCUCCGCUCACAGUUCGUCACCCACGAGGGGCGCAAGCAACUCAGAAUGUACGCUGGUGGAACCAUUGACACGGUCGACUUCGGCGCGAUUGCGCUCGCCCUGUCGACCGCGAUCCAGGAGAACGUGGUGGACCCGGGCCUGCGCGCCUGGGUCAUGCCCGACUUCAGCACCACCACCGCAAAUGACCGCGUGGUGGCAGCGAUCCUGCUGAUGGGGAGCAUGCAGGAGUAUUUCAGCCUGUCGGUCUUCCUGCUCUGCGGUAUCCCCAGCGUGACCAUGCUCGGCGAGCGGCGGGACUGGGAGUUACUGGUGGAGAAACUGGAUCGGCUGCCCGCUUUAGGGGAUGAGCCGGCGCGGUUCGCGGCGCUGCUUCGUCCGGUGCUGACCCGGUUCGUGGCCUGCUUUGAUGAUCCGACGGGUCCGGCGUCGCGGGAGUUCUGGGGUCGGUGUGUACACCGGUUUAUUCCGGGGAGUGGGGAGGACUUUCUGUCGGGCUGGGUCACGGCGUUUUGCUUCUGGACUGGGCAGGGCCAGUUGAUUCCUGACACGGGUUUGCACAGGGGGGCGGUAAAGUGUGAGCUUGACGGCGUACGGUAUCCUUACAUCAACACGUCGGCUAUCCCCCCGGGACUCUCCUCGGUGCCGGUGCAUGUGAAUGAUAAUGGGGUGGACUAUGACACGGUGAUGGUGGCGGGGAUGAUCGGGAUUGAUGCCAAAUCCAGUGGCCGGCCACUGGAAGAGCCUCUCGGUGACGAGAUUACGGGCUUGGAUUCCCUGCAACCCGUCGCGGGCUGGGUGAUGUAUCACAAGAAAGACAAGUCGGAGGAGGAGAAGGAGUGUUAAGAGAGAGUAUCUGAUUCUUCAAGAUAGCUAGUCUACUUUGUGAGCUGAUACUCACGACAACGAUGUUGCUACCCUUAUAACACCCAUCCCUUCCAUAUCACAGACCCAGUUGCCCGUCUUGGGUUUCUUCCAAUCCUUUCUUUUCUUUAUCCUGUCACGACAGAGUCUCAUAAGAAUAAUAUUGCCUGGUAGAAU